UUCCAGGCUCGGAUGGAGCGGGACAUGAGCAACAAGCGGAUUUACGCCGAGGAGGAGCUCCCGGAAUCCGGGGCCGGCAGCGAAUUCCACCGGAAGCUGCGGGAGGAGGCGCGGAGGAAAAAAUACGGGAUCGUCCUGCGGGAAUUCCGGGCCGAGGAUCAGCCCUGGAUCCUCCGGGUCAACGGGAAAACCGGCAGGAAGUUCCGUGGGGUGAAGAAGGGGGGGGUGACGGAGAACGCCUCGUACUACGUGUUCACCCAGUGCCCCGACGGCGCCUUCGAGGCCUUUCCCGUCAGGAACUGGUACAACUUCACCCCCCUGGCCCGGCACAGGACCCUCACGGCUGAGGAGGCCGAGGAGGAGUGGGAGAGGUGACCCCAA